CUGAAAUAAAUUGAUGUAUUUGUUUGCAUUUUGCGCUGUGUGCGAAUUGUUAUUAAGCAGCCAGUAAAGUGAAAUUUACUAACUUUCAAAGUCAGAAAAUUAUUAAAGGUGACAAUGUCUAUUGAAAUUGAAUCAGCUGAUGUCAUCCGUCUUAUUCAGCAAUACUUGAAAGAAAAUAACCUAUUCAGAACAUUACAAACUUUACAGGAUGAGACUUCUAUAUCUCUAAACACUGUAGAUAGUGUUGAUAGUUUCAUUCAAGAUAUUAACAAUGGGCAUUGGGACACUGUACUAAAAGUUGUUCAGUCAUUGAAACUACCUGACAAAAAGCUGAUUGAUCUAUAUGAACAGGUUGUUUUAGAACUUAUUGAACUUCGAGAACUUGGUGCUGCCCGUUCUCUUCUGCGCCAGACUGAUCCUAUGAUAAAAUUAAAACAAGAAGCACCUGAAAGACAUACUCAUCUUGAAAAUCUUUUGUUGCGCUCUUAUUUCGAUCCAAGAGAAGCAUAUCCUGAGGGAAGUAGCAAAGAGCGUAGAAGAGCAGCUAUUGCUCAAUCAUUAGCAGGUGAAGUGAGUGUAGUACCGCCAUCUCGUCUGCUUGCUUUGCUGGGUCAAGCUUUGAAAUGGCAGCAACAUCAAGGUCUUUUACCUCCAGGUACAACUAUCGAUUUGUUCCGUGGUAAAGCAGCCAUCAAGGAACAGGAGGAAGAAAAAUAUCCUACUCAACUUUCAAAACAAAUCAAAUUUGGACAAAAAGCUCAUGUUGAAAGUGCAAGAUUCUCACCUGAUGGUCAAUAUUUGGUUACUGGAUCAGUAGAUGGUUUCAUAGAAGUAUGGAAUUUCACUACAGGAAAGAUUAGGAAGGAUUUAAAAUAUCAGGCCAAUGAUAACUUUAUGAUGAUGGACGAUGCUGUUUUAUGUCUGUGCUUCAGUAGAGAUUCUGAAAUGUUAGCAUCAGGAAGCCAGGAUGGAAAAAUUAAGGUAUGGAAAAUUCAAACUGGUCAAUGUUUACGACGAUUUGAGAAGGCCCAUGCUAAAGGUGUGACUUGUGUCCAGUUUUCUAGAGAUAGCAGUCAGCUCUUGAGUGCUUCUUUUGAUCAAACUAUCAGAGUUCAUGGUUUAAAAUCAGGAAAACUGCUGAAAGAAUUUCGAGGUCACACUUCAUUUGUUAAUGAGGCUAUAUUUACAGCAGAUGGGCACAAUAUUUUGAGUGCUAGCUCUGAUGGAACUGUUAAACUAUGGAAUAUAAAGAGCACUGAAUGUGUCAACACUUUCAAAUCUCUUGGAAGCUCUAGUGGUAUUGACAUAACUGUCAACAGUGUUCAUGCUUUACCCAAAAAUACUGAACAUUUUGUGGUAUGCAAUAGAUCAAAUACUGUGUCCAUUCUGAACAUGCAGGGUCAGAUUGUAAGAAGUUUCUCCAGUGGUAAAAGAGAGGGUGGAGAUUUCGUUUGCUGUACAGUAUCACCUAGGGGUGAAUGGAUAUAUUGUGUUGGUGAAGACUUCGUGUUAUAUUGCUUUUCUACCUCCACUGGCAAACUGGAGAGAACUCUAACAGUUCAUGAGAAAGAUGUAAUUGGUAUUAGCCACCAUCCACAUCAAAAUCUUAUUGGCACAUAUAGUGAAGAUGGUUUGUUAAAACUGUGGAAGCCCUAAGGAUUUUUUUAAUUUAAUUUUUUCUUUUUUUACACACCCAAGCUUAUGACAUUUUUCUUCAUAUAUGUAACAUGUAUAAUUGUAUAACCAUUCAUUGAAAAAUAAAGUCAUUGCUCAUUU